GGGGCGCGGCGCGGCGCAGGAAGGGAAACAUUUCCCCGGGAAAAGCGCACGUGUGCCCCGCGGCUCCCAGCCAUGAGCCGGCUGCGGGCGGCGGCCGCCCGGGGGCUGCGGCGGCAGCGGCGGGGAAGCGGCAGCGCGGCCCCAAAUGGGAGGAGCAGCAGUAAGGGCGCGUCGCUCCGUGAAGGGGCUCCCGCUCGACCACAUGCACUGCAUCUCUUCCGUGACCCCGUCGAGAUCGAUGCCCUACGUGGCCGCCUGCUCGCCUGGUAUGACAAAAGCCGGCGGGACCUUCCCUGGAGGACGCUGGCUGCAGCUGAGCUGGAUGCUGACAGGCGGGCAUAUGCAGUGUGGGUGUCUGAGAUCAUGCUUCAGCAGACACAAGUGGCUACGGUGAUUGACUACUACAACCGCUGGAUGCAGAAGUGGCCAACACUGCAGGCUCUGGCAGCGGCAUCGCUGGAGGAGGUGAAUGAGCUGUGGGCAGGACUCGGCUACUACUCACGAGGAAAGCGCCUGCAGGAGGCAGCAAGGAAGGUGGUGUCAGAGCUGGCCGGCCGCAUGCCCAGAACAGCUGAGGACCUGCAGAGGCUGCUGCCAGGAGUGGGUCGAUACACAGCAGGAGCCAUCGCUUCCAUCUCAUUUGGGCAGGCUACUGGUGUUGUGGAUGGGAAUGUGAUCCGCGUGCUGUGCCGCCUGCGGUGCAUCGGUGCUGACACCAGCAGCCUGGCUGUCAUUGACUGCCUCUGGGAUAUGGCCAACACCCUGGUGGAUAGGAGCCGCCCAGGGGACUUCAACCAAGCUCUGAUGGAGCUGGGGGCAACUGUAUGCACACCCAAAUCCCCACUGUGCAGGGAGUGCCCAGUGAAGGAGCACUGCCAUGCCUGGCGUAGGGUGGAGAAGGAGCUGGCCUCUGCCUCUCAGAAGCUGUUUGGAAAGACCACCCUGGUGCCUGAUGUUGAGGACUGUGGGCCUGGGGGCUGUCCGUUGUGCCUUCCUGCUGCCGAGCCAUGGGACAGCAGCCUGGGGGUCACCAACUUCCCCCGCAAAGCAGCAAAGAAGCAGCCACGAGUGGAGUGGACGGCCACAUGUGUGCUGGAGCGGAGGGGCCGCCUUGGGGCCCCUGAGUACCUCAUCGUGCAGAGACCCAGCUCAGGGCUCCUGGCUGGGCUCUGGGAGUUCCCCAGCCUCCCACUGGCUCCGGGCCUGCAGGAAGAGCAGCAGAAGGAGGUGCUGGCUGACCACCUGAGGGCAUGGACAAGGCAGCCUGUGCAGACACAGCGUUUGUGCUUCAUCGGAGAGGUUGUCCACAUCUUCUCUCACAUUCACCAGACGUAUGUGGUCUACUCACUGUGCCUGGAUGGGGAUGUGGCCCUGGAUGCUGCCUCGUCCUCAUCCCGCUGGGUGACAGAGGAGGAAUUCCGUGCCUCGGCUGUGUCCACUGCCAUGAAGAAGGUGCUGAAGGCACGGGAGACUCAGCGUGGGGCGCAGAGCGGCCGUGCAAAGGGCUCCAAGCGGAAGCGGGAGUCCAAGCUGGGGGCAGCAGGCAGCACCCCCACAGGGAUGCAGCUCUCCUUGCGUGCCUUCCUCCGGGCACAGCCCCCUCCGUGAUGGAACCUUUGGCAGCUGACACCAGCAGAUCCUGUGCUGCGGUGAGUCCUGCACAGGGCAGCUGCAGGUCCCCCCGUGGCCCUAUAGCGAUCACUGUGCCUUCUUCCAGCCCCACAGCCAUCAGCACAUCACCCCCUUCCCCAGUGCACCUGUGGACGCAUGCUGUACAAAGGGCUGGUGCAGUGCUGAAUGCGACCCAGAGCUGAGCUCACUCCCCUGCCCUGGGCAUGGGGUUACUCAGCCUGGCCAUGGGGUUUCUCUGGCAGCAAGAGGGAUGUGGCCACGUUCCUAUUAUUCACACGUGCCUGAGCAUCGGCCAGUAGUCAGUGACUCUGGUGCUGUUGUACCCUCACGUCCAUAUUCCCAUAGCCCUUUUAAUGUUUCUUUUUGCUGAACGUGAGCCAUGGCUUUUUUAAUAAAUCUCCUAAGGGUC